GCUGACGUUCUACUCAAAGAUGGCGUUGAUGCGUGCGCCAUGUUUCUUGUGAUGUACGAGCGUUAGAGAAAUUUUUUUUCUAGAAGUGUGAUUCUCUCGUUAUAAGCAAAAUGGCUGAUGAUGAUCCGUGGUUACUGAAAGAAGACGGUUGCUUAAACGUGGACACCGAGUGCAAGAGCAUAAUCUAUCACGCCAAUUUAAACGUUCUACUCAUCACCACUGGUAGCGCACAAGUAUACGUAUUCGAUGUCAACUCCGGCGUGAUCUUGCAAAGAAGUUCUCUGUCUGGUAAAUUAAAUGGAAAGUUGCAAGGAGUAUAUUUAUCGGAUGGAAUAGACAAAGUAUUAUAUACAGAUGGACAAGGGAUUGGUAUACGUAGCGAUUAUAAUGGGGUCUUAUUGUUGGACACAAUUUUGCAAACUCCAAUUUCUAAAAGCGAAGAUGUAAUAAAGUUGGAGUUGCUGCUGUCAGAGGCUACAAUAUUACUUCAAUGUUUACAAUGUGUAGAAUUGCCUGGGGUAGAACAUUUACUAGAAGUAUUGCAAGAACUUUCAAGUAAAAUUGUUGUGGCGCAAGCAAAUCAGAAGAAAGGUAUUAAAGCUCAAAAAUGGAAUACGAUAUGUUUGGAGCUACCGCACGGAUCUUUGAAACUCGUAUGCUCUGGCUUAGUAAUGGAAUUAAAGAGGCAAAAUCGGCAUAUAGCAGCACUGCCUAUUGCUUCCGCGAUCAAUGAACGAUUAAAUGGCCUAUUGCCUAGUCUCGCACUAGAAGGUGGUCCCACUGAUAGAGCGUUAAUGUUUAGCGAAGCAGCGCGACGUAAUACAUUUCCAAAAUGGCCACAUAUGAAUUACAAAUGGGCUUUACCAGAUCAAAUGGCGCAGGCAGGUUUUUAUCACGAACCGAAUGCUACAGGUGAUGACAGAGCAAUGUGUUUCACUUGUAACGUGUGUCUGGUAUGUUGGGAACCCACGGACGAACCAUGGUCAGAACACGAGAGACAUUCGCCUGCGUGUCCCUUUGUUAAGGGCGAAUACACCCAGAAUGUUCCGCUAUCCGUUACCCUUGCAACCGCCCCCGCUCGUGAAGUGGGCGAUACAGUGGACGUCAUAGGUACUACUAAUGUCACGGGCCUCGCGGCUACAGCCUCUUUCAAUGGUUUUGUAAAUAUUUGGAACAUGACGAAUCAGUUGAAGAGAGAAGUAUCAUUUUAUAUAUCUACUUUGGAUCAAGAAAUAAACAAUAAGGAAUCGAUACAGUUUUGUGCCGCACGGAAUUUGACGACUACAUAUUUAACAAAUUUGGGCUCGGACUCGGAUCCACUUUCAGAAUAUAAAUCCUCAUCGUUUUAUAAAGUGCAAGUCACGGCGCUUUCGGUAGUAGGAUCUCUAGCAAGUUUGAAAGAAGAAAUGAAAAGUACCAACUCUACAACGUCGUCGUCUAUAAAUACCGAGACGACGGAGCAUAAAAUUCGACCGUGCUUAGUGUGCGGAGUUACAGUGACAGUUAACAACAAUCCUUCGCAAUUGAGAACCCUGGAAAACGUAUGGGCCGCCUCGAGUGAUUUAGCCAGCUCGUCGUCGUUGGUACGCGCGAUGAACAGUGUAAAUAGUGCCGCCAGUGAUACUCUAGAUAUAAUGAAGGUAGCGGGUGACAGUAGGUACAUAUCGUCGAGAUUGCAUUACUUAGUGCUGUACGACUUUCAUCAUAAAGCCGCGACGACGCAAUCCAUCAAGGAAGAUAAUUCUAAAGACUCGAAAACUAAGAAGACCCUAUCCGGGACAGGAACUAGCGCCAGCUCGAAUGGCGGUCGCCAAGAGAGCUUGUAUCAGGAGCUCUUCCUCGGAAAAUUUUUAUACGAAGUGCCAGUUAUCGAAGAUGUAGAUUCGGAUAUGGUGGUCGGCCCGCAUUAUGAUGGCAUCUUCCCAACUACCACCCUAACCGCCUCAUCUUCGAACGGCAUUUACUCGAGUCCUAUCGGUAUUCCCAUCGGUCCUGCUCCAACGACAUCGGCACCUUACGAUCCCAAUUUUGCCCCUAUCAACGGCUCGGCCCAUUUUGCAUCAACAUCCGACUUGACAACGAUGAAUAAAAAGAGCUUAGAUCUUAUGAAGAUUAGCAAAACGGAACCAGUAGUCGUGAAGACGCUAGCUAUAAACGUCCCGGAGUCUCUUCGUAUUACGUAUAUAGUUCCAUCCAAGGACGGAAGAUACUUGUACGUCGCGAUGUGUCCCGCGGCGGAUAAUGCCACUUCCACCGAAUCUUCCUCGUUAAAUACCAAUCAGAUGGACGUUGACGAUGAAAGCGAUUUCUUCCCACAGAAAAGUUACAUGUACUGGGACCACAAUGACAGCCAGUCCAGCAAAUUGAUAAACGGCGAAAUCCGUAGUAAUGAGACCAGUACCGUGAAUGUCGUGCUGCUUGUAUACGCUUUAGAUUUCUCGGGGCCGGUAGUGAAAGUGGUAUCGGAACCAUUGGUGAAGCGUGAAUUAUCCUCGGAACAGGCACCGAUAGAACACGUGCUUCUUCCUCUUCAGGAGAAACAAACAAAGUGUAUGACGUCUUUUACUAAUUCUAGUACCAAUUCCACUACUAAUUCAGCCGCUCAGGAACCUGCCGGGCAAAUUGCCCUAGUGUGUAAAGAUGGCGUAGUCAGAUUAUUAAACUUGAGUACGCUUAAGACUAUAACGGAAGCGAGAUUAGACGGAAAAAAAUUUAUCUCUGCGACUUAUUGCAACAGUUUGGAAAGGCUGUGCGCAUGCACGAGCGAUGGCACGUUGCAUUUCUUCAUUACGGCGGAAGAAGAGGACUCUACGGAGGAAAAAGAGGAUGUCGACGAUGUGAAUAUGGGUAGCGAGGCAAGUUGCACUAACGAAAAUGCAGCUCCUAGUACGUCAACAUCGUCCAUUUGCCACGAUCAGCUAUUGGCGCAUAAAUCGAAUUUUUCGUACUUGGAUUUGCGGAUCUUGUAUGAACUUACAAGAUUCGAUCGACAUUCCCCUGCGUACAGUGCGACUGUCCCUCCAUGCUGGAGCGAAAUGAUGCAAGCUCAGAGACAGAGACGCCAUCCGCAGCAUCUUCAUCAAUCGGAAGAUCAGCAUCAUACUAGAACUUGGCGAUUGCAGAAUGAUGCGACUACUUGGGACGAACACGUAUUUGAACUUACUCUACCUCGAAAUGCAUCAGGAAGUAUAGGGCAUGUCGAUGUUCGAUUUACCUUGCAUGCAUUUUGUCAAGAAUUACCGACUAUUCAAGUUACUUUGUUGAAACAAAAUAUAAAAAGAAUUGGUCAUCAGAAAGUGCCGCUUACUCCCGUAGACGAGAGAAUCGACUUUAAUAUAGGAACUGACCAACAAAAGAGCGAAAAUCCAGUCAUCACGGAGGAAUAUCAACGUCAACAUAACACCGAGAUUCUUUGCGGUCCUAUCGAUUUACAUCGAUGUAUGGAUUUGUCUUGUCGUUCGGGAUGCGUAACGUUGACAAGUCCAAAAUUAUUUCGCUCAAAGGCUAGAACGUUACUCGUUCAUAUUAAAGCUUUAAUAGAUCAAAAAGAUGGAACCUCUGCAAAAUCAAAAUCAAAUCUAGCAGAAAGUAAACCACCUACGUGUAAAAAGUUGAAAAUAUUUGAGGUACGACCGCUCGUACCUUCUAAUGCUGGGGAACGAUUUGAUGAAGGUACAAGCAGUAAAAAGUUAGGAUGCUACAUUGGUUGCAACUGGAUUCAUGAGAUCUCCAUCACAGUGAGAUCGGUACAUCCUACCAACAUAGCCAAUGAAAGAAUACAAAGGUGUGCCAUGUUAGAAUCCAAAAUCUUUGUUGAUAAUCUUUUAAACAUUGCGUGCUUGCAAGGACCUAUCGAAUCUCCUGUUGUACAAUCUAUAGCUCUUGACAUUCUAAUAUGGGUAGUUUCAAUAAGAUUAACGAGAUUGCGUAGCACUCAGAAUAACGCUGAAAUAAAGGCACUUCAAUUGGAGACGAUACGUUCCGUGCAAGGACGAUUAUCCAGUUUAUUACAAACAUGCCUCUUGCACGCCGGCAGAAGUAUAGCGCACAAAUGUGUCAAGUUGAUUGUUCUCUGUAGCGGAGGAUUUUAUAAUAUAGAAGAUUCACCGGCUCAAACCUUCGACGAAGCUAUGCUUUCCGUUUUGGUCAAUUUAUUGCCAUCGAUUGUGGAAGUACAUUGGGCUGGUUCAUUGAGAUGGCUCCAAUUGCUUAUCACUAGAUUUUUGCCAUUAGAUAGAAAUCACAGUAUCGCUCAGAAGUGUAUCUCGCUGGUGCAACAAAUAGCUGCUGAAAUAUCUAAUAGAGUAAAUCCAUACCACUUGCUGCUCGCUACAAGAUUUGGUCUAUAUAACACACCUUUUGAAAUGGAACUUUUUGACUUGGAACCACCGAUGCUACCAAAAUUUAGUUCAAUGCCUGUGACGUAUGCGUCCGUUGUAGCCAGCGAGCAAACAGGUCCAUCCGUUACUUCGUCAAGUGCCGUACAUUCUUCCAAGAUAUACUCGCAAGAUUCCAUUGAUCUGAGGGAUCUACUCACACUUCCAGCGCAUCCCGCUAGUGAAUUUGUAGUGUCCAGCAAGUUGAAAGCAUUGUGUGCCAAUCACAAUAUGAAAGGUCUCCUUGAGGUCGAACCUCUUCACUUCACUUGUCAUGCUGCCUCCGACGGUACGAAGAUGGAAAAGAUCGAUCCUGGCAUGAGCACAAUUAACAUUGGAUCUACUCUCUACGAUAGUACAGCGACAACCAACAAUGGUGUACCUGAUAUUAAAACGAUACAUCAUACUUAUAACUUGGAUGCUGGAUCGCUAGGACCACAUGUUCAGGCUAAAUCGACAGCUACAUUAAGCGAUCUACUUAGUAUGUAUACGGGAAGAGUACUAAAGAAGUCAUCCCCGCAACUGUUGCUCACACCUGAUGAACAAUCAGACUGUGACGAAGCUAAUGAUAUAUCUAGUGACAACCAGACUUGGCAUAAUACACAAAACAAUAUGCCCAGUUCACACAUGUUAAGUUCCAUUGUAACAAAAGAAAAGUCAUGCGUACAAAAUAUCGAUACUGCUGUAAACAAAAUUGAGGAUGGCAAUCCUAAAAAGCGAGAAGAUAUUACAUUUCCGUGGGGCAGAUUACUGUGUUGGCCGCCUCAGCAAGCGUUGGUCGUUGAACGAAUGCAUUCGGGAGCUCGUCGAUUUGUUAUUUUAGAUUUUGGAUCGCCCAUAUUGCUGACUGAUCUAAUGAUUCCUUCGUGCAAUGAUCUAGUAUCACUCUCCAUAGAUAUCUGGAUUAAAAACGAAGAAACGGAUGGCACUAGGCUUAUUGUUGCUGGUGAUAUCGGUAGUAAGCCAUUGAUUGUCUGCGAUCUUCAACCACCUCCAGUGUGUAGAUAUCUCAAGAUUACUACUAUAGGACGCUAUGGAAUGUCAACAACUACAUGUAAAAUACCAUUAGGAGUGUUUUAUGGACACAUGGUAGUUUUACCUGGAGAAGACUAUUCCGAGUUGAAUGAUUCCUCGUCAUUCGAUGCCAAUAUUUUUGAUCCUUCUUUACAAGUUACCAUUGAUACACAAUGUAACAUACUGUCAGCUUUAGCAGAGGAUGUACAAUGCAGAUUUAGUUUAGCUACUGAAAGAUUAAAAGCUCUGUUGGAUCCAUUGCUGUGUUCAGAAACUCCUAAUGUUAUGCAUAUGCAAAAUUAUCUUUGUUACAAUAAGAUAUUUAAUGAAAAUAAGGAACAACCAUCGGCAAAGAUACUGUCGACAUAUCAGGAAUGUAUUAUGUUUCAACAUCAAUUGAAUAUUGUACGAGGUGUUUGGCGACGUCUUGAAUUGUGGAGAGGUUUGCGAAAUGUGCCAACAACAUCUUUCGCGAACGCACCUAGUGAUAAAUUACGAGUCCUCGGAGAAACUUUGCUUGACAUUUUGUUAUACACCGUGUACGAAAUUGGUCCAGUACCUAGUAUACAUCGACCAACGUCAUUAUAUGAAGUUUUUACUCCAACAAUUUGCGAAAAAUUUUUCCAUUCAAUAUGCGUUGUAACGCCAGCCCCACGUUUACAACUUCACGCCGCUGCGCUUUUAGUUGGUAUGGCAGGACAUCAGCCAUGGUGGGGCAAUUUCUUGUCCAAUACUCUGAUAAAUCUAUAUUCGUCUUCAUCUAUUCACAUUUUCCCGCAAGACAGGGUGUUUAUUUUAUUGACAUUUCUUGGACGAAAGUCGUUAGUAGCGGGAGGAAAUAAAUCUUCGGUUAUCGAAGCUAUGGUUCGUACAUUGGGCAAAUUAUUGACUCCACUUACGAAUGUACAGUCGUCCGAUUCUAAUCGACUGGACGUCACCUUAAUAGGCUGGGUAUUAUUAUUUUUGUCUAUAUGCUUAGACACCAUUGCUCCACCACCCUGCUUUGAAGACAAUCAUGAGAAAACCAGAGAACAAGGUUUAUUUUCUCGUUGGGAAUUUAUUCAAGGAGAAUCAGCCAUGCAAAGAAAAUAUGUUAAUGCUAAUCGAUCAUCCGCCUCUCGUAGUUACCGUAAAAGGUUGCAAAAACGUUUAUUGCAUCAUAAACAGCAGCUCCAUGAAUUAGAACAAGCGAAAAAAUCUGCAGCAUCCAAAGGAUUGAUGACUCUUUCGUCCGAUGCCGCUACAUUGUACAAUAAAGUGGAAGCGACACUGAAAGUUCAAGAACGUUAUUUCAAAAAGACAUUAAAACAACAUUCUGCAAAGCAUUACAAGGAUAUUCUCAAGAGAAACGAAUCGUUGCUUCGUAAUCCUUGUUGUAGUCAAACGCGAUCCAGUACUAGCAAAUCGGACGUUAUGGAUUUAGAAGUCGAGUACAAUGUGACAAAUUUAUCUCAUCAAUAUGUCUUGCCGGUCGCGCGUGGUCUCGUCGCACUCAUUUUACACAAUUCGGCUAACGUAGACAUGUUUCUAUUGGCUUGUAAGAUAGUCGCUAGAUUAGUGAUAUCUACACGUCCCGCAAUUGGUUUAUGUGAACUUAUGACCGAGGAACAACUCUUAAAAUUAAUCAGAUUGGCAACAGAUACAUCUGAUGUUGCUUGGUCGUCGCAUGCCGUUUCCUGCCUUCUAAUGGACUUGUUAGAAGGAGGGCGAUUAUAUCCUAGAGCAUGUUCCACCCACGAAAGCAGUCCAUCGGAGGAAAAUUUGGAAUCGCUAGGGAACCAUACGGAAGAAAAUCAUAGUCGUACGGAAGAGGAUUCGAUCAGUGUUGCAGGCAGCAGCGUACCUUCCACUGCUACGUUAGCCGAAGGAUUCGUCGAAGGAGACGCGGAUGAAGAUGCGCAAGAUAACAUUGCAGUGACUUCGACCACAGCAAGUACAUCCAAAUCCAACGGUUAUCUGCCGUCUCUUUUAGAAUCUGACGAUAGCGAAUUGGAAGACUUUCUGGAUGACAUAUUGGAACGUGGCAGAAAUAUGCUGAAGAAGGAUAGUACAGUAUCGAAGAUUUUAACUUCUGCUAUUACUGGGAGCAUUUCUUUAGCGAUGGACGCACGAUUGGAAUACGGAGUUGAAAUGGGUGUAGAAAUAUCAUUGAGGAUACUGUCUACAGUCGGCAUGUACAAUCUACCUCACAGUAUAAAUGCAACAGUACAUAUGCCAUCGGAGGCAAAUCGUUGUUGUCCACAAUCGUAUUUGCGUACUGAGACAAACGAUAAAAGUCAGGAAGUUGGUAAUUUUUCCGACCCUACUCCUUCUAAUCUUUCCAUGUUAACGAGAUGUUUUGAAAAAAUGUUCACAGAUUUGUAUUUACGGAAUAACAGUACAAACUUGGAACUCGUUCUCCAACUUUGGUUUGCAUUGAAUAUGGACGCUGCUACCGAACAUCCAGGCUCUCAAUUUGACCCUUCUUUAACACCUCUAAUACCACUUAGUCCAGCAGCCAUUUCUAGCUUGAUAUCUGCACUCUCUUGGCAUACUGGAGUUUCUUUACGGGCUUGGUGUUUUGCGUUACAAUGUUUAACCAUUGUCUGCAAUCAACCGCUACGAAGAUAUUCUGGUUUAGACGGAUUUGUACCUAGUAGUCCAUCUAUAGCUAGUUGUAUUGUUAAAGACCGUAAUACAGGCCCUAUGUUGUUGCGCCUACUUUCCGGCAAUGGAUUAAAUAUUAAUAUGAUGGAUAAGCAAUAUAUUAUGGCUGGCCCUACAGUUUGCCAAGCACUGCAUGAUUUUCUCAUUCGAUUGGAAAUGAUGUGCGAUGUUAUUACAACAGACAGUUGUUUAGGUAAUGCCUUAAAGGAUCUUCUGUUGCAAGUGGUAUACCAACUUGUGCAACCAAGCGGACCUCUCAUUUCAAGAAAGGGACCUUUAGAUGCGCAGUGCAAACUAAUAACGUCUGUAGUUAAUCUAAAUUAUGUCAAUACCGACUUAGGCACCGCCAUGAGCAUAUCGGAAUGCGUUGGUGUGUUGGUUUCGACCUAUGUCAAAGAAUCUGGAGUUGGCGCGCAAUGUGGAGGUGCGGUAGAUUCGACCAGUCAGUCCAGUGGUUUCGGUGGUCUGUUUGCUUGUGUACUCGGUGGCGAUACAAGACAAUCACGCCCCGCAUCUUGGGAUACUUUAAUUGUAGCUCUCAUUAAAUUAGUGUGUACACUCAUCCAAACUCCAUUACCGAAUGCUUGUCAAGAUGAUUUAGAGGAAUCGGCGGAAAUGGAACUAUCAGAAGCGAAUUCUUGGAAUUCUGUAAGCAAUGCGAAUGAUUCUCAAGUGAAGAUGAAUACUUGGCAAACAGAUGAAAGUAAGGCAGAACAACAAACUUCGUUUCGCCUGCAACAACCAAAAACUAGUAAAUCUUAUGUACCUUGUCUCGCUGAUACCGUUUUGCAGCACGAACCGACUAUGAUGCGUUUACUAGGUACUCUCGGUCAUAGUACGGGAUCCUCGUUAGCCAUGCUCUUAGGCGAGAGUGCGGGCGCGGCAUCGACCACCGAGCUCGGUGAUCCAGCUUCGAUACCGGAUGCGACGUUUCAACUCCUAACGACUCUUACGAAAAAGGCUAGCGACCCAACUCUUGUUCUCAAACCGCUUUACCACUAUCUUUCUUCCUCAUGCGGGGAAACUGAAUUAGGAAUUAUGCAACUGUCAGAACCGCUUCUUUGGUAUAUCUUACGGGUAUUGGACAAUGCAUCAUCGUUAUCUAUCUUUACUGCAAUGGGUGGCGUAAAAGUGCUUUGUGAGAAUCUCGUGAGAUCGAGUAACAGUGGCGUCACCAGUGCUUCCGCGUCAUCCGGAGUGAUCGCUCUUGUUAUGGAACACUUGUCGAACGCGCCCAAUGUGAUACAGAUGAUGGCGAGUGGUAGUAAAAAAGGCGUCGGUUCGUUAGAAACUCAGGACGAUGGUUUACUCAACUUUGCACCUCUCGGUACAAUAUCCUGGUUAAAUCCAACCGCACAACCAGCAGAUGUUCUCAUACAGAAUGCUACUCCUCAUAAACGUGCAAGAACACCAGCGUGGUCGUAUCAUUUUUAUCCCGACGAGGCGUGGGUUGAUCUCACCAUCACUUUACCAUGCGCUAUUCUACUUAGAAAGGUGGAACUACAGCCACAUCUCACAGCAUUGUCCACAUGUCCAUCGGCUGUAGCGCUUGAAGUUUCAAGAGAAAGUAAUGGUCCCUUAACACCGGUUUGUCCUCCAAUGCCAACGGCGGGCUUAACGUACAUACGUGUUACUUUGUCUCAACCGGAAGUCGCAACUUCUGUAUUGGUGCGCUUAUACAAACCUCGUGACUCGACAAACAUAAAUCUCAGUCAAAUAAGAUUGUUGGGAACCACCGCAUUCGGUGAAAUUAAAACGAGUCCAAAUGAUACAAUAGAUGAGGAACAACUAACUAAGACUAGCUUGGGUUGGUUGCGAUUACUGCAUCAGUGCUUAUCGGUGAGCACAUUAAACAGUAAUCUGGCCAUCGAGGUGCUUAAUUCCGCGGCUUCAGUGGAAGGCCUGGUCGAGGCAUGCUGCAAUCUUUUGUUACUCCCAGCACCGUCUCUUUUUACUCCCAACUUGGAGAGGGUUCUAUUACAACUUGGCUUACAUUCUCGAGAGCUUGGACUUCGUCUCAUUGGUCUCUUACUCAACAACAGGUCUACUCCUUUUUUUCAAGGGGCUGUGACUUCUCAGGAAACUUCCAUUAUACAGUUGGUUGUUGAAUUACUUCAGCAAUUGUGUUCCAUUCCGGAUUCAAGUACGGAAGCUCGCAUGAAGGCUGUUCUUACAUGGCUACAAAUAUCUGCCACAAAUGGAAUAUCUCAAACAAAUAAUAAUCCCAAUUCCGUAAAUCCACCAGCAGUAUACAUACACUGUGUGUCCUCUAUCAUUUGGAAGGCUCAGCAACAGCAAUAUCACAAUUACGAUCUACAAAUCUUGCUAACGGAUGAGUUGUUCUACUCUUUGUACAAAUGGACCUUGACACUCGGAAACAAUUCGGCUUUGAAACAAGCGAUCGAUUCUGUUUUAUGCGCUUUCUGUUAUGUGAGGCCAUCACUAUUAAUGUUGCUUUUGGAAUGGGUUCAAAUACUACCAUCGAAUAUUGCGACGGAUCCAACCACAUCUAUAUCUGACGAUCGCAGGAAGAGCGAGGAGCAGACGGAUGAUAAAAAGAAUGAAAUUAAUGUUGAUGCAGAGGGAUGGUACUGCCGAUUUGCGUUGCUGAAACAUAAACGAUUACAUCUGACAGAGGGACAAUUAUUGACUGUAGCUACAGCGGCACGUUCUCCGCCUGGUAUUCGACAAUUGAUAGAUUCCGGCCUUCCAGCAUUAUUGACAGCAUUCAUCACAGAUUUCUGCAAUUCGGAAAAGUUUAAAAAACAGCAGCGAAAUAGUAAAAUGGCAUCAGGUGACAGUAAUGAAAAUAAUAUGACUGCGGAUGUCUCUUUGAUGAGCAGUGAUAAAGCGGCAGAUUCCAAUUCCGGCUCAAAUAAUUAUUCUGGUGGACUGUGCAUGACAAAACCAGAGAGUAUAGCAAUAGUAAUAGAAUUCUUGACACUUGUAUGUUCAGAAGGUAGAAUGCGUGAUUGGCUUGGUAAAGAAGGUCAUGGUUUCUGGUUGCCCCUUUUAUCUCUUCUUAGUAAUCGUCCUGUUGAAAGUCCAGCCGCGGCUGCAUCAAGUUGUUCGAAAACAAGUGCAUCGUACGCAUCCUUGGAAAGUGCCAUGAUCAAAUUCCUAUCAAGAUGUUGUUGGUGUCACUUUGCUAAUCAAAAGUUGUUGGCAAAACUUUUGAUCGAAGUCAUUUCUCAACAACGAACUACUUCAAAUGUGCGAUAUCUUCAUGGCAUUUCCGGGUUUACACGAAGAUUAAUUCUUCAAUUGCUCUUGGAGGGAGAAAAGGUAUUAGUUUCUGUAACAUCAGAAGCUCCUAUGAAAGUUUCAACAACCGCGGCUAAUCAUAGUAUGCCAUCUAUGCCGCCGCAUCCUGCUCAUCCUCUCGGUCAUUAUCAUCAAUUAUUAUACAUGUCGACGCAAGCAACAGUCGCGGAUAUAUUACAACAAGUAUCAGGAACAUGGCUUCUUUUGUUACUUCCAAAUACGUACAAGAGUAACGAAACAAGUUCCAAUGUAGGAAAUAAUCGUUCUCGUGAAUUGUGGGAAUCUGGAAUGGCAUUAGUAGUAGAUACGCUUAGUGUAGCUGCUGGAAACACAGCGAAAGAUAAACGAGCUAAAGAAGUAUCGAAUAGAUCGCAAGCUCGUGGUCCUAUCAUUAGAAAGACACGUUUAACUUCCGAUGGACCGUCAGUUGGAACAAGCAAAGUCUCUACUAAUAAUGCACAAGUAAACCCGGCCAACACGACGAAUCAGCAGUACCUAAUACAUUCAUCUCGUCCAAAUAUCCCUCUACCACCUCAACUUACGAUCGCACAACUUUUGGCAAUCGCCGAGGAUAGCGGAGUAUCGUUGUCCGAGCCGUGCUUACACCUCAUCUUGCGUCAACGUAAUAAGGAUUCUAAAGAAGAAGUAAACGCGACGAAACAAAAUGACAGUGAACUGUUAAACUACAGAAGCAUAGAGAGCUCGUUGGGUGUGUUCAGUGCCGGCGGUGGUUUGGCAGUGUUGGCGCGUCACUUGCCGCUGAUAUAUCCGGAUCCCGGUAGGCCAUCGUUUUUCGUAGAGAAGUCACCGUCGCCGGAACAGACGGACGCUGAUUGGGUAAAGUUAGAGACAAACGACGACAUUUAUGAGGCUCUAGAGGAAGGUAGAACGACGAAUUGUACACCAAAGACAUCGGUUCCCGCUCCGUAUGUACCGCCGCACUCUCUCGCGGCCUUUGGUCUGUUUCUAAGAUUACCGGGCUACGCCGAGGUACUAUUGAGAGACAAGAAACGGGCGCAAUGUCUGUUGCGGCUCGCUCUCGGCGUUUCCGACGAUGGCGAGGGCGGCGAGGUGUUGUCCUCGCCGUUGGCCGCGUCGUUGCCGACCCUGCCGUUCCAAGUUUUGAAGCAACUGCUAGACGCUACGCCACCGAGCACCGACGACGGUUUGCUUUUACGAGGGACGACUAUAGAAGUUGGCGCCAUGCUAUUGCUGUUAAAUUGCCUGGCGAUAUUCACGCAUCAGACUGGGCAGAACGAUGGCUCGGGCGAACAUAAAACGAGUCAGAGUGACGGCGUUGGAGGACGCAGCGAUGAUAAUUCGCACCUAUACUGGGCGAAAGGUACUGGCUUUGGGACCGGAUCUACGCAACAGUCUUGGAACGUCGAGCAGGCGCUGUUACGUCAACGGUGCGAGGACGAGCAUGUAACGGUGUUGCUGCAGGUUCUCGCUAGUUACAUCGGUACGUCGGGAAGCGGGCAACCGCAGCACGAGCUACCCGCUCCAUUUCCAGAUUUACUCGCGCGUUCCUGUCUACUGCCGGCAUUAUCGUCGUACCUGCGAAACGAUUCUGUCUUGGAUAUGGCCAGACACAUUCCCCUGUAUCGCGCGGUUUUGCAAUUGCUCCGAGCCAUGGCUCUCUCUAGCCAGCUGGCACCGCUCUUACUACCACGCGGCGCUAAAUCCGCUGGAGAACCAUCCGUAGUGUCCCUUUUAUCAAGUAUGAGAGUGUGUGUAGACACGUAUGUGAAUAAGAUCAAUCGUACGAGAGGCAAUAAAACGAAUAUGAAAGCCGUUUCUAAAUAUCCCGAUGAUACCGAACAAGACGAAGGAUUGGCCACGUUGAUUCCCGAUAUACAAGAAAGUGCGAGUAUAGUGCAAAACGCUACAUGUCGAUUAUCUGGUAUCGGGGAGGAAUUGCCCGGAUCGAGUCCAACGGUGUCUGAAUUACCUUUGCGCUCGAGUCUCGAGCACCGCUAUUUGGAAGUUAUGAAAAAUCUGCAAUUUGAUACCUAUGAAAUGAUUACCGAGAAUCCAGACGGCGGAGGUUAUAAAUUCACCGUUUCGUAUCAUUUUGAAUCAAAUAUGAGGGCUGCAGGUGAGAGGAGUCAUCCCACACGAGUAAAAAGAUUAGCCCAAGAAGCCGUCACGCUCUCGACAGCAUUACCUCUCUCUUACAGCAGCAGUGUGUUUGUAAGAUGUGAUGCGGAUAGAUUAGACAUCAUGAAGGUACUCAUAACGGGGCCAGCAGAAACACCGUACGCAAACGGCUGUUUUGAAUUUGACGUAUACUUCCCUCCCGACUAUCCUAAUAGCCCAAUGUUAAUAAACUUAGAGACAACCGGUCGUCACACCGUACGUUUUAAUCCAAAUUUAUACAAUGACGGAAAGGUCUGUCUCAGUGUGUUAAAUACUUGGCACGGUCGGCCCGAGGAAAAGUGGAAUGCGCAUACGAGUAGUUUCCUCCAGGUCUUGGUAUCGAUACAGUCGCUAAUCUUAGUAUCUGAACCUUAUUUUAAUGAGCCUGGAUACGAACGAUCACGGGGCACGUCGAGCGGUGCUCAAUCUAGUCAAGAAUACAAUGCGAAUAUUUGUCAGGCUACUGCCAAAUGGGCAAUGCUCGAUCAAAUUCGUAAUCCUUGUCCAUGUUUUAAGGAGGUUAUACAUACUCACUUUUGGAUAAAAAGGCACGAAAUCGUUGCGCAAUUAGAGGGAUGGAUAAGAGAUAUGGAAAUGCACGGAUCAGACCGUAGAUCAGGUCGUACUAUUUCUCUGAAUGCUUUGUCUCUGAGGAGACACUACAGGCUAUUGAGGGAAGAACUAAAUAAACUGCCAACACCCAAAGGAUUAGAGGACUUGGCCGAACCUCUCGCAUCGCCAGGCUCGCCCAUCGAACUUUCAGGGACCCCAGGCACAACACCCAAUACACCGUCGACGGUUGCGGCAUCCGCAACUACUCCAAUCACUACCAGCAAUAUAGUUUCGAGCAGUGCGAGUAGUCACAUGCAUCACGACAUCGAUACGGACGUCGAGAUGGAAAAGAUGGUCUCGAAAAUGUGUGAAUAGCUAAAGGAUGUUAAUAGACAUUGUUGGACAUUUUGAAAAGAGUCUAUUGUUUGUGUUAUGAGAUGAACAAACGGACAUUGAAAAUGACGAUACAAUAGACUGAUGAAUCAAAUACAUAGAUAUUCUGUGCCGAUUGCUGCUGAAUUAUGCCGCCAUGGUGAUUGGCAAGUCGUUAGAAAAGAAAGCAGUUACGAUUCUCGACCGAAUAUAUAACGACACGAUGACGAUGAUUACAAUGAUGAUAGUGAUUAUAAUGUAGGUAGGUAGACAAAUGUAAGGUGUGAGAAAGGUAGAGUGAGAAAAUGAGAAAGGAUUUAUGGUGCAGAGAAAGCGCACGCGCGCGCUGCAUGAGUGUGAGAGAAAGAAAGAGCAAGUGAAGAGAAUGAAUAAAUGAAUGAACAAAU